AUGUCCGACCUUGCUGAGCUCGCCAAGAUUGACAUGGGAUUAACAAAACUGAGGUAUGUGCCUACUUACACGUCUUCAAUUGCCGCUUAUGAUCUAAUGAUUCUCGGCCCACGUACCCACAGACAAAUCAGCGAUCUGAGUGUCCGAUUUUCUCAUGAGGUCCAAGGAGUCUGGGGGCAGGAAGUUUUGCAGGCCUCUAUCUCACAUUUCUGCAACAACAAGGUAUCUACUGUUUCAGGGGCCGUCUCAAUGGCUGGUGGACCCGAAUCGGCACAUUUUACAUCUCGCAAGCUGUUGCCAGACAAAAGCCGGUUGAGCCACGGUAGUAUUGGCGGCGAGGGAUCCGGCACAGAAGAUUCAUCUGAUGACGAUGAGCCGUUCCAAUCCAUAGAUAUGGAGGCUCUGAGACAAAGAGGAAAGGGGGUUUAUCUCUGUCCAAAGGGCACCAAGUGUGACAAGGGUGGAGUUGACAAGGACGGCAAUCUUGUUGUCUUUGACAGAAACUCAUCGUUUGCGUACGUUCCUCUCUGGAUCCGCUGCUCGAGUUGA